GCUAGCGCUUGCCACGCCUCUAAGUUUCGUCAGCCCCGCCCCUACUCCGGGCUUCUAGGGAUCACUUAUUCCUAUUGGCUAGAGGCCCCAUCGGUCGAUAGAAAGCGGGUGGUGAUUGGCAAGGGGGUGGGCUCUGCUUCCCGGCGGGGUCUUGCGGAGUUGGCGGAGUCUCCUUAGGGAACUGGGGGGCCGAACUGCGUAGAAGAGGGUGGCGGGGAGGAGAGCGCUAAGUGGGAAGCGGAACCCGGGGCCUGAGACCCGUCGCGGCAGAGCCAGGCUAGUGAACCGGAGCAAACGACUUCCGAUCCACUCCGCGCUGCAGCGGCACCCUUUUGGGAUUUGAUUUGCAGCAUCUCUGAGCUGGUACCACAAAAAAACCCGCGAAGCACGCCUAGCCCUCCCCUGGCACCCCGAGACAAACCCACUCCCUCCCGGGGACACAGUUGGGCGCGUCCACACCCCCGCAUCCAUACACCAUGUUGUGCGGAAGGACUUCCACUCCCCGCCUCUGUCGUUGAUGUCAGACCCCAGGCCAGCCUCAGGGCGCUGCAGUUCUCCAGGCUGAGGCUGCGGCUGUGGCUAGGGCUUUAGUACACAAGCCAGCCGCCGCCGCCCCCCUCCCCGCCGGCCUCAGCGCCCACAGCCUGCAUGUGUGUGCGGUAGCCGGCUGCCCAUCCUGCCGUCCGUGUUACCCCGGAGCUCUGGAGACCACCGCGGGGGCUUUCUCUGCCCGUGGGAGAAGUGGCCUUGGAGGAAUUGAUUUCGGUGGUUGGAUUUUUCUCGUGGAUCUAUCAAGUCACAAUUCGAAUUUGGAAGAAAGAAGGAAAACAUGACGUCUCCAGCCAAAUUCAAAAAGGAUAAGGAGAUCAUCGCAGAGUACGAUACUCAGGUCAAAGAGAUCCGGGCCCAGCUCACAGAGCAGAUGAAAUGCUUAGACCAGCAGUGUGAACUCCGGGUGCAGCUGUUGCAGGACCUGCAAGACUUCUUCCGCAAGAAGGCUGAGAUUGAAAUGGACUACUCUCGAAACCUGGAGAAGCUAGCCGAGCGCUUUCUAGCCAAGACACGAAGUACCAAGGACCAGCAAUUUAAGAAAGACCAGAAUGUCCUCUCUCCAGUAAACUGCUGGAACCUCCUCUUAAACCAGGUGAAGCGGGAGAGCAGGGAUCAUACCACCCUGAGUGACAUCUACCUGAAUAAUAUAAUUCCUCGAUUUGUUCAAGUCAGCGAGGACUCAGGAAGACUCUUUAAAAAGAGUAAAGAAGUUGGCCAACAGCUCCAAGAUGAUUUGAUGAAGGUUCUGAACGAGCUUUAUUCGGUCAUGAAAACAUAUCACAUGUACAAUGCCGACAGUAUCAGUGCUCAGAGCAAACUAAAGGAAGCAGAGAAACAAGAAGAGAAACAAAUUGGUAAAUCAGUGAAGCAAGAGGACCGGCAAACCCCCCGCUCCCCUGAUUCCACUGCCAAUGUCCGCAUUGAGGAGAAACAUGUCCGGAGGAGCUCAGUGAAGAAGAUUGAGAAGAUGAAGGAGAAGCGACAAGCCAAGUACACAGAGAAUAAGCUGAAGGCUAUUAAAGCCCGGAAUGAGUACUUACUGGCUUUGGAGGCAACCAAUGCUUCUGUCUUCAAGUACUACAUCCAUGACCUGUCUGAUAUUAUUGAUCAGUGCUGUGACCUAGGCUACCAUGCUAGCCUGAACCGGGCCCUGCGUACUUUCUUGUCUGCUGAAUUAAAUCUGGAACAAUCAAAACACGAGGGUCUGGAUGCUAUUGAAAAUGCAGUAGAAAACCUAGAUGCCACCAGUGACAAACAGCGACUCAUGGAGAUGUACAACAAUGUUUUCUGUCCCCCUAUGAAAUUUGAAUUCCAGCCCCACAUGGGAGAUAUGGCCUCUCAGCUCUGUGCCCAGCAGCCUGUCCAGAGUGAGCUGGUGCAGAGAUGCCAGCAACUGCAGUCUCGCUUAUCCACUUUGAAGAUUGAGAAUGAAGAGGUGAAAAAAACAAUGGAGGCUACCCUGCAGACCAUUCAAGACAUUGUGACUGUUGAGGAUUUUGAUGUGUCUGACUGCUUCCAGUACAGCAAUUCUAUGGAGUCUGUCAAAUCAACAGUCUCAGAAACUUUCAUGAGCAAGCCCAGCAUUGCUAAGAGGAGAGCUAACCAGCAAGAGACGGAGCAGUUUUAUUUCACAAAAAUGAAGGAGUACUUGGAGGGUAGGAACCUGAUCACCAAGUUACAAGCCAAGCAUGACCUCCUGCAGAAAACCCUGGGAGAAAGUCAGCGGACAGAUUGUAGCCUUGCCAGGCGUAGCUCAACCGUGAGGAAACAGGAUUCCAGCCAGGCAAUUCCUCUGGUGGUAGAAAGCUGCAUUCGGUUUAUUAGCAGACAUGGCCUACAACAUGAGGGAAUUUUCCGGGUGUCUGGAUCACAAGUGGAAGUGAAUGACAUCAAAAAUGCCUUUGAGAGAGGAGAGGACCCUCUGGCUGGGGACCAGAAUGACCAUGACAUGGAUUCCAUAGCUGGUGUCCUCAAGCUUUACUUCCGGGGGCUGGAACAACCGCUCUUUCCCAAGGACAUCUUCCAUGACUUGAUUGCCUGUGUCACAAUGGACAAUCUGCAAGAGAGAGCUGUGCAUAUCCGGAAAGUCCUGGUCCUGCCCAAACCCACUCUGAUUAUCAUGAGAUACCUCUUUGCCUUCCUCAAUCACUUAUCACAGUUCAGUGACGAGAACAUGAUGGACCCCUACAACCUUGCCAUCUGCUUCGGGCCCUCACUGAUGUCAGUGCCAGAGGGCCACGACCAGGUGUCCUGUCAAGCACACGUGAAUGAACUGAUUAAAACCAUCAUCAUCCAACAUGAGAACAUCUUCCCAAGUCCCAGGGAGCUGGAGGGCCCCAUCUACAGCAGAGGAGGAAGCAUGGAGGAUUACUGUGACAGCACUCAUGGAGAGACUACCUCUGCUGAAGACUGCACCCAGGAUGUGACAGCAGAGCACCACACGAGUGAGGAUGAAUGUGAGCCCAUUGAGGCCAUUGCUAAGUUUGACUACGUAGGCCGGACAGCCCGGGAGCUAUCUUUCAAGAAGGGAGCAUCUCUGCUGCUUUACCAGCGAGCUUCUGAUGAUUGGUGGGAAGGCCGGCACAAUGGUAUAGACGGACUCAUCCCCCAUCAGUACAUCGUAGUCCAAGACACCGAGGAUGGUGUCGUGGAGAGGUCCAGCCCCAAGUCUGAGAUUGAGGUCAUGUCUGAGCCACCUGAAGAAAAGGUGACAGCCAGAACGGGGGCCAGCUGUCCCAGUGGGGGUCAUGUAGCUGAUAUUUAUCUUGCAAACAUCAACAAGCAAAGGAAGCGUCCAGAAUCUGGGAGCAUCAGAAAAGCUUUUCGGAGUGACAACCAUGGGCUGGGCAGUUCUCUGACUGACUCCUCCUCCCCGGGGGUGGGGGCUAGCUGCCGGCCAUCCUCUCAGCCCAUCAUGAGCCAGAAUCUCCCCAAGGAAGGGCCAGAUAAGUGUUCCGUCAGCAGCCAUGGGAACCUCAACUCAAUCAGCCGCCAUUCAUCCCUGAAGAACCGGCUGGACAGUCCACAGAUCCGGAAGACUGCCACUGCAGGAAGGUCUAAAAGCUUCAAUAACCAUCGACCCAUGGACCCCGAAGUCAUUGCACAGGAUAUUGAAGCAACAAUGAACUCUGCCCUGAAUGAGCUUCGAGAGUUAGAGCGGCAGAGCAGUGUUAAGCACACCCCUGAUGUGGUCCUGGACACCUUGGAACCCCUCAAGACCUCCCCAGUGGUAGCCCCCACAUCUGAGCCCUCCAGCCCCCUGCACACUCAGCUCCUCAAGGACCCUGAGCCUGCCUUCCAGCGCAGCGCCAGUACUGCUGGGGACAUUGCCUGCGCCUUCCGGCCUGUCAAGUCUGUCAAGAUGGCUGCUGCAGUCAAACCACCAGCCACACGGCCCAAACCAACUGUCUUCCCCAAAACAAAUGCCACGAGCCCUGGUGUCAAUUCAUCAGCUUCCCCACAGUCCACUGACAAGUCUUGUACUGUCUGAGGGGUAUAACUUAAUUGUUCUAGACAAGGAGACUGACUGUUAUUAAAAUCUUCCUAUUUAACUAGCUUGGAGACUUCAGUUGAAAAUUAGAUUCUAAGUUGUUCUUACAGGAAUUAGCCUUCCCAUUAUCCAAUCCUUGAGAAUGAAGCCCUUGUUACUUCUUUUCCCUUCCUAGCCCUUCCCUCUGCUUUUUGCUCUCCUCUGUUGUAAUCCAGCCAGCUACAGUACAUACUGUUCUUAGGUUAGCCAGAAACAAGUUUUCCAUGAUCAGGUUGCUAUAUCUGCCAAGGCAAGACAUGGGGACCUGGGCCUAUGUCUCUGCCCCUUCGUACCAUAGAGGAUACACUGACCAGAUGGUUGGUCGCAGUCACCUAGCUCUCGGUAGCAUCUUGUUUUGAGUACUAAUUUGAAAAAUCAUAUAUAGCCCAGUUUUCAUUUUCUAUAAAUAUAUAUUCGUGCGCAUGCACUUUCAUGCAUACACACAGAGGUUUUUCUGCUCUCUGGUCUUUGUUGUUGUGUCAUUUCACACAGAAGCCACCAGGAGUCUCUGUUGUCCUCACAACUGUUCUGUUUGGACCAGAGAAACCUGGCCUUUAAAAUCUCUCUAUCAGAAAUUUAGCAGAAUGGGGCAGUCCUGUGAUCUGAUGUGGGGUGGGGAUUGUCUUCUUCCUCUUGCCGUGAGCUGAUCACUGGUUUUCUCAUUUGCUCUGCUCCAUUCUGUAGAAGGACAGCCCAGUCUUAUUGAGGAGCUUUUAAAGAUUUUUCUGAACAUAUAGUCUUUUCUUUGGUUCCUGUCUUUGUCUUUGACACAUCAUUUUUCAUUUAAGAUGUCUUCCAGUAUAAGACAGUUUUAUAGCUAGUUCCUUUUAGAGUAAAAAGUCUUCAAGUUUUAUUGUGUUUAUGGCAGGUUUGAGAAGGGUAAGAAAUGGGUCUUUCUUCCUCCCACCUUUUUUGGCAUUAGAACUUUUAAAAUUCACUAUCCUAUUAAAGAAAUUUAAGUUGCUCUCUGCUCAUCCAAAAAUUGUUCCCAGAUUAAAACUAUUACAAGUUUACCUCCUGGCUUAGUUUUUUAUAAGGCUGUCUCUGGAGGUGUGCAGGGGCUUGGAAAACCCUCAUUCAGUCUAGAGACCCUGGACUUUGAGACUGUUUUUUGUUUGUUUGCUUACCCAAGUAAGGUCAACUAAGGGAACUUUGACCCUCCUACAGAGUCCAAAUUAUUUUUCUAAAACCAGAAUCUUAAAAAAGUAAAGAAUUGAAUGCUUUCUGUGGGACCUGCCUUUGGCAGCUUCAGAUGAGCUACCAUGGAAUGCUCUAGCCAACCUGCAAGCCUGGGGCUCGAACACCCACUCCUCUCCUCAUGCUUCCCCCAAGAGCACCAGGGCUUGGAAGUCAUCAUGGUUCAGGCCCACGCGCUCCAACAGCUCCUUGAAGCUCAGGCUCACUCUUCUCUGGUUUCUGGUUUGAAAGCUCUGCAUUUAUUUAACUUGAUUGUUUUUCUGUAGUUCAAAAGAUGGUGGGUUUCCAUUCAGGUUGGAAAAUCUGAAUGUUCUUAGCUUUGGGCUAGAAGAAAUCCUUUUGGACCAAUAUGUGCAGUUGGUAGUAGGAACUUUAGAAGGCGGUGGAUGUUUCUCUGUGUGUGAAGGAAAUGGAGCCUGAAGGAGUCACUUGAAGGAGAGUAACUUGCAACACCAGAGAGACUAGAGAGGUGAGUGAGUCAGACUGCAAGGGACACCCCUAGGUCCUUGGCCUGCCUGGUUCUCACUGCUCUUUUUACUGACCUGUCAUCUUGACCUGGGCUUGUACUGCUCCUGAGCCAAGGGGGGCUUUCAGACCUAAGGAUCUGUUUCCUUGCUGAAAUGAUCUCCCGCCCUUACAUUCCUCUUGAUCUAAGUGAUAGACACUUCCAGCCUACUCUUUAUCCUCUCUCCAGGACACUACUCUCUAAGAAGGUAAAAGUGGAGCUUCUUAAAGACCAUACUGUGGGUCUUUUCUUUUGUUCUUGCCUUCUCUUUUAGUCCUGUACAUUAUUUGUGUUUGUCAUCCCUUUGGUCGAUGUCCAUCUGCUGAUUUGCAUAAUGAACUGGACAGUGCACAAGUGGUUCCCUACUGAACCCAACUCUGGGAACCUCACUGUCUUCCUUAUCUCUGGUGCUUCUGACGCCUGUGAGAUGGUCCUGUUAAAAGGAGUAGGAACCAAUAGGAGGAGAGUCCUCCUCAGCAGAGCUCACUUCAACUGGAAUUGAGGUUGCACACUGUGAUUUUUACACCCAAAAGCCAAAAGGAGCCGGCCACUCAAGGCCUUGGGCAACUAGCCUUCCUCAGAUAGGCUUGCCCAAAACCAGCAUGAUGCUUCCAAUAGCCCUGCUCUGCCCCUCGUGGCAUGGAUCCUUUCCUUGGUGUGGACUUAAUCUUUGGGGAAGAAAAGUGGGGUGGGGCUGCCAGCAUCCCAGUUUGGAAAGUAGAGGAGUUUGCCACCAGCAGCUUAUAAACUGGAAAUGCUGGUCUCUGCCUCAGGCCACCCUUGUCUGUCCCCAAGGAGAUGAGAAAUCCUCCAGCACCAGGAUGAACAGACCACUGGAAGGGCUGGUGUGCAUGGACUUCGGUUCAGAAGAGAACGUAGAUCUUCCAGGGAACUGCAAUGUGGUGGCGUCUGAUUUGUAUGUCACAUUUGUGUAAAAUGGUCUGUUCUUUAAAAUGGUGUUGAUAACUGGAAUAUUGUAUCUAUGCUUGAAGAUGCUUUGUGUGAACCUAAGACUCACUCAGCCGAUGUUGAAUUGGGGAAAAUCCAAAGCACAACUUCAGAAUAAAAUACGUUUUUAGGUUC